AAGUGCAAGUAUGCUGCUUUAAGUACAUUAAUUAUAUUUACAGAAGAAUAAGUUCUUCAUCUGAUGAAUAAAUUAAAUACCAAAUAAUUUGUUUACCCCUUUUGAAAGACACUCUGACCAAAAUUAAUCCAUAUUCAAACUAAUGAUUUUAUCACAAGGAAAAAAUAACCUACUGGAGGAACUCAGUGGGUCAAAUGGCACCUGUGGAGGCAAAGACAUGGUCAACGUUUUGACCUAUCAUGAUGCAGGGGUUUGACUCAAGACAGAAGAUUCCUUUGCCUCUUCAGAUGCCACCUGAUCCACUGAGACCUUCCAGCUGUUUGGUUUUUGCUCCAGAUUCCACGGCUGUAGUCUCUUAUAUCUCCAAUUAAUUUGUCACUAUGGACUUCAUCUGGCUUUUAUUGGUUACAACUAUGAAGUCAAAGGUGAAACAAAACAUACAAAAGAGUGUUUUAUUAAAUCAGACAUAAUACCAAAGUCUAGUUGCAAGUUUCAUGUUCAAAAACUACUGUUCCAAACUGUCUUUACAAAGGGAAUUCUGAUGGCUGUAAAAAACACACUGGAUACAAAAGUGUGUCAAACAAAAUACUUAAAUAAUCUAUUACUUCAUGCAGAAGUAAACCCUGCAUAGCCGCUAGCCAAGCCUAAGAGUAACACAUGCAACUCUGGACAUUACACUUACCAUGAAAGGUUCUUGGCAAAUUGGAUUAAAGAGAAUUCUAAGAACAGCAAUUGUUGGAGUUGGACAGUGUAAGAGUGGGAAGCUAAGGCUUUGACUCAAGAGGCUUCAGCGUAAAGAGGUGGAGCAAGUGGUGAGGAAAUAAAAGCACAGCCCUUUAAGAAAAAGGCUUCAGUGAGAAGGCACAGAUAAGAACAGGUAGUGUUUUAUUGUGUCAUUUAUCCUUAAUCCUUUCUUCUCUCUAGGUAGGGUAGUAGGGGGCAGUGGAACACUCCUGCAAGAUGUGGAAAGUCAGGGAACCUCAGGGGAUCUCUGAAAAGUGCACAACAAACUGGGCAAAGGAACUGGUGCUGGAUCUACAAGUACUCGUGAUCAUCCAGGAAACUGAAGGCUUCAUGGACAAGACUUUUAAUGAGGUGUUCACACACAAGAAAUAGGCUUCAGGCACCGUGCGCUCAAACAUUUCCUCCGGAAUGCACAGAAGUAAUGGAUGUUGUCAUUCAGAUUGUCAAUAAAAUAAUGGCAAAAAGUUUAAAUCACCGUCAAUUCCGUUUGUUACUGGACGAGCUGGAAAGCGCAUAUUCUGAUCUCCUGCUGCACAACAAAGUCCGGUGGCUGUCCAGAGGGGAGGUGCUGAAACGCUUUGUCGCGUGUCUGGAAGAAGUGAGAACUCUCCUGGGCAGCAAAGGGCUCACCUUUCCCGAGCUGGAACAGCCAGAAUGGCUGGAAAAGCUACACUUCAUGGUAGACAUGACAGCGCACCUGAACACGCUGACCACAGCUCUUCACGGGAAAGGAGGUACAGCCCUACACAUGUUGGAGGAUGUUUUGGCAUUCGAGUGCAAGUUGACAGUGCUUGCCAGAGAUUUACAGAAAGGCACUUUGUCUCACUUCCCCAAUUUGAGAGAGUUCAAACAAGGUCACGACAUGAUAAAUUCGGAGUAUUUACAUUCUGCAAUCAUCGCAAUGCAAACAUCGUUUGGGAAACGCUUCUGUGAGUUCAGAGAGGAAAAAAAACACAUUAUCCUUCCCGGUCACUCCCCUAAGCAUCGAUCCAUCCCUACUGAAUAUGACUGCAUUGGCAGGUGUGAGUAAACCUGAUCUUGAGAUGGAACUGGCCGACAUAGCCGACAAAGACAAAGUUUAGACGCUUGACAGCAGACCUUGAAGAUGUUGCCCAUCAGAAGGCCAUUCUUGCUCAGAAUCCCAAAUGGAGUGAUAUUGAAAACCUCCCAAAACCGGACAAACUUGUGUUCGAAACAUGGAAUGCUAUCCCCGACAUUUCUGUAAACAUUAAAAAGUAUGCGCUUGGAGUCCUGUCAAUCUUUGGAUCCACAUAUGUAUGUGAGCAGGUGUUCUCCAACAUGAACUUUAUUAAAAACAAACAUCGUGCACGCCUCACAGAUGACAGCUUGCGAUCCUGUGUAAAGAUGAAGGUGACGUCAUACAGCCCUGAUGUGCAGAUGCUGUGCGCUGAGGUCCAGGAGCAGAAAUCCCAUUAACCAAGUAUGAUAAAUAUUUUAAUUGCCUAUUAUUUGACGUAUAUUCAUAUUUUUUCAUUGUUCAGUGAAAUAGUCCUUUUAUUUUUCAGGUUGACAGCUGGCUGACGUUAUUUUUGGUUUGCUGCUGGCGGAAAAUUUAAGUUCGGCGUUUUUCAUAAAUACAAGAAGGACUCAAAUAGACAUUGAGUAUUUUACUUAAAAGUAACCUUCAACCCAAUGUCUUUUUUUCGGAGUUCAAAAUGUUUUUGUUGCAUGCAGAAAUGUAAUUUCGUUUUCUCUG